UGGGUUAUGGAGAGAGGGAGAGGAGCAGGCCCCACGCAUUCUCCCCGUCCUGGCGUUUGCGGUGUCCAGCUGCGAGCGCAACGGCGCACUCCCUCCACCCCCCGGGCCGUUGCGGUCGUGCGCUGGUCGCUGGCGGUGACCCGAGACCGCCCCGCUCGUCGUUCCGAGUCGCGACCGCUAAAUGUGGGCGAUGCCUCCGCGUGCGCGUCGCGCGUCUCGGGAAAGGAGAUGGUCGCGGGGGGCGCGCGCUCGGGGGUCGUCGUGGAUCCAAAUUUAGGCCCGUGAUUUCCUCGCUUUUGCCCUCCCACUCCCGAUGCCACCCCUGCGGUUUUUAGUUUUCUUUUUUGGCCUUUUUUCCUCCGUGGGUGGUCUCUUCUGCUGCCCUUUUCUUGAUUAGUAUAUUCUGCGCGUCCGGGCUUUUCCUGCGAGCCGGGGUAUAACAAUACGCGGGCUUUACUGGGUUUUUCUUCCUUUCUUUCUCGGUUGGGGAGGAAGUGGGGUGCGUUUCUAAUUUCGUGUCGUUUGCUAUUUUUGGGGAGGUGGGAUUUUUCGCUUACCUCCUGGCGUGGCCGUGGCGUGUUCAGCGAGAUCCUAAAGGCUGAAAGAGCUUUCGCGAACGGCGAUUCCCUUUUAAGGGCUUCGCGUCUCGAUCUCUCUCCCCUUUUCCGUGGAGGGGGGGGGAGGGUGGUGGGGAACGGAGCUUUCUGCUCCAAGUUUGCAGCUUGGGGGCGUUGCUCGGUUCCUUUCGCUUUUUGCCCGGAAUUCCGGUGGGUUACUUUCCUCUGUAAAAAUCGCAUUUUGGGUUCGCUGCGAGGCCCUGUUGCCGUCGAGGAUGAUCCUCGUUUCGGACUAGCGAUUCGUGGGCGUUUCGUUGUCUUCGGUGGCGGCGUGUGUCCCGUGUCGAUACGUUUGUUUAGAGCGGGGUCUGGGCCUGUGGAAAGAGAUGAGCUGCUUCUCCUGUAUCAGCUCACGCCGUAAGGAGGGUAGCCGGAUUGAAAUCGAUAAUGGCGUUCGAUCCAGCUCUCGCUACUCGGCGGACACCUCAGCCACCGGGAAGCGCAAGGCUUAUUGUGAUGAUAAUGAUGUGAGCGAAAGGAGAAAAGGAUCUAGAAAUGGAAAGAACAAGGAUGGUAGUGUUCCGAAGGGCAAUCCAGCACGGAGCUUCACGUUUCGUGAAUUGGCGACAGCGACGAGAAAUUUUAAGGAAGUUAACUUAAUUGGUGAAGGAGGGUUUGGAAAGGUUUACAAGGGACGAUUGGAAACAGGCGAGGUGGUUGCAAUAAAACAACUCAAUCAUGAUGGUCUCCAGGGAUUUCAGGAGUUCAUUGUGGAGGUUCUUAUGUUGAGUCUAUUGCACCAUUCCAAUCUGGUGACUCUGUUUGGAUAUUGUACUGACGGAGAUCAAAGACUAUUGGUUUACGAGUACAUGCCAAUGGGUAGCUUGGAAGAUCAUCUAUUCGAUCUUGAUCCUGGUAAGGCACCUCUUGAUUGGGGCACAAGGAUGAAGAUUGCUGUAGGUGCAGCAAGGGGCCUUGAGUACCUACACUGCAAAGCAAAUCCGCCUGUCAUUUACAGGGACUUGAAGUCAGCAAAUAUCUUGCUUGACAAUGAUUUUAAUCCAAAGUUGUCAGAUUUUGGGCUGGCUAAAUUAGGUCCUGUUGGUGAUAAUACUCAUGUUUCGACGAGAGUGAUGGGAACAUAUGGGUAUUGUGCCCCAGAGUACGCUAUGAGCGGCAAAUUGACUCUCAAAUCUGAUAUUUAUAGCUUUGGUGUGGUUCUUUUGGAGCUCAUUAGUGGACGAAAAGCCAUAGAUGGCACCAAGAAGCCGGGAGAACAAAAUCUGAUCGCCUGGUCUAGGCCGUAUCUGAAGGACCGAAGGAAGUUUGCCCAUUUGGCUGAUCCUCUACUGCAAGGACACUUUCCUGUACGCUGCCUUUAUCAUGCGAUUGCCAUCACCGCAAUGUGUCUCCAGGAACAGCCUAAUUUCCGUCCACUCAUUGGCGACAUUGUCGUCGCACUCGAGUACCUGGCAACUCAAAAUGGUGGUGGCAUGGCUCGCAGUCCAUCCUCUCAAUCGCCUGGUAGAAGAUUGGAUUCCAGAGCUAGUUCGAUCUCGGUUUGACAGGUCACAAGCUGUGGUCGUGUGUGACAACUACAUGUACAUCUGUUUCAUAUUUUGUCCUCCUCUUGGGCUUGAUAAUGCUCGCUUGCUCGCUGCCAACAGAGGGAAUGGAGUCAGUGGAGUACCGUCUUCGACGGUUGUCGAAGCAUGUGGCAUAGGGGCUUCCUGAUGUGUUAUUGUAUGGAAAAAGAUUUGUGGAAAAGAUGGGGCGAAAGAUGGGUCGUUCAUAUCCCUUUUGAUUUUUCAAUAUAUGUUUAUAUAGUGGCCUUCAGUGAUAUGGAAUACUUGUGAAUUCUUGCUCUUAUGUCUUCAUUAGUAACAUUUAGGUUGAGUU